AUGAUCCUAUAUUAUAUUAAAACAUUUAUGUAUAUUUUUGUUUUAAGGAUAUUAGUAUUUUUUCAUAAGAUAAAUGCUGAAAUUCUUUUAUAUGAAAAUCAAAAGUAUAUACAUCAAUAUAAUUUAACUCAUAAAAGAUGUCUAACAGAACGUAUUUCAGUAGAUAAUUCAAAUAAGAACCGAAAUCAAAAGAUUAUAUUAAAAGAUAAAUUAUCAUGUAAUACUUUAAAAGAGAAAAAAUGUUUACUGAGUAAUAAAAACGUUCCUAAUCCAAGAAAAGGCAAAAAAAAAAAAGUGGAAAAUAAAUUACUAUAUAAAAAUGAUAAAAAAUUAAAGACAAAUAAAUCAAAAAAUUCGGAUAGCUUAAUUAAUAGAAUUAAAAACAAUUUAUAUGAGAUUAUAUUUAAAGGGAAAUAUUUUUGGAGGGAGUUAGCAUGUUUUUUAAGAAACUUAGGUAUUUUUGCAUCUAUUAAUUUGCUUUUGGCUAUUUUUAGUUUUAUCGCUACUCUUAUUCUAAGUGAAUGUUGUUAUACUUUUAGUGCAUUUCUGAUCGCUUUUGGUAGUGUUUAUGGUAUUACAGUAUUUAUAAUGUUAAUUACAAUUGUUAUAGUUGGAUUGCUUGUACUCUGGUUAUGGCCUAAAGAUGAUAAACUGGUUAAAGAAAAAGUAUUCGGACACAAAUAA